CUCUCAACUAUGAUCACGAAAAACUUGACGCGUCUUCGAAACAAACCAUCUCUGCAGCGCUCGAUUUCACAAUUAGCGAAAGGCCAGCAUACAAUCAGCAUCCAGAACGUUCCCCCCCAUGCUCUUAUCGGAGAAACUCUUGAUGUAGUGCUCGCUGGUCCAAUAUAUAACGUCGAAGACAUCCUACAACCGAGCCGCAACGUUCGUAUAACGUUUUACGACUCGACAGCUGCUUCUGAGCUACUAGAGCAAGUCAGCAACCAUCCCGUCCUUUUGUACGGCCAGCGUCUCGAAUUCUCGCCUGUAAUGGGGCAAAAGCCGGCUCCGUUUCAUCCGACCUCCAGUCGUACUAUUCGAGCUACAUUUGCCAAUGUUCAUAUGACUGAAAACGCUUUGGCCCAACAGCUCACGCCCUUCGGAGCUAUCGACCGCUUCAACUUUGUCAAAGGUAAUCCAAGCAAAGCGUUCAUUAGUUUUCUGAGCGCUCGGGUUGCCUCUUGGGCUUUCAAGGACCUCCGCCAACUGGGCGCGCAAGUAUCGCGCGUUCGAGAUCGCUGUGUCACUGCUGCACUAGCAAGGACUGAAGCACUCAAGAAUCGUUCUUGCAAGGUUGCACUCCGCGGAGUCCCGCGAAACACGACAGUCAUCGAGCUCGCGGACUGCAUUCGCGGUGGUGCGUUGCAUAACAUAAGCUAUAAACCACUAGACAACGUCGCAUAUAUCCACUUCACUCUCCACGCGUCGGCACUGGCGUUCUUUGAGGACGCUUUAUAUCGUGGCAUAUACCUCCACGGUCGGCGACUACAUCCCCAAUUUGAACCGGACUCGCACCCUUUCUCACCCAACUUGGCGGAGAGCAUUAAAAACGGAGCAUCGCGUUGUAUCACCUUCCACUACACCGGCCCCGGCCAUGAACCAGCGGACCUCACACGCCAUUGCUCGCGUUUCGGUCCCGUUGAACGGGUAUCGACCACGGGAUCUAGCGCCACCGUGGUCUUCUUAAACAUUAUGCACGCAAUAAACGCGUUUGCAAGACUGCCAGCGUCAGAGGGUUUUGAUCCCUCGCACGUCCGACUACGAUUCGAGAAAGACCCGUCGUCACGUCCGCUGCUGAGCAGCGUUGAGGCGGUAGGUCAACUUCAUUCUGAAGUUCAGCGGUUGUUGCAUAUACCUGACAAGUAG